CAUUCGCUAGUAAUAAGCAUAAGCGGUAACGGAGGAGAGGGACACGUUAAACAUGGCGGAAGCCGUUGUGGACGGGAGUCCGAUGUCUCGAUUUUUUUGCCACAAAUGCAGUGUCGAAAUUGAGCGUUUAUUGCCAAAUUAUACGUGUCCACGAUGCGCAAGUGGCUUUAUCGAGGAGCUGGAGAGCAGCAGCAACGAGGGCAGUUCGGGCAUAGACAUAAACAGUGAGGAUUUAAGCGACGUUGAUGUCGACAUCCUAGGAUAUAAUUCCUCGCGCUCGGAUCGUGCCCUUGAUCGUGAUCGUGACCGCGACAUAAUAGAAAUGAUAAUGGGCCUUUCUUCAAACACAUAUGGUAAUCAACAGCCCAAUACCACCCAACAGUCUGGCACGGGUAACCGAAACUACGUAUUUGGAAGUAGGAGAAGAACUAAUUGGUCUCGCAGUCCACAGGAUGGACGUCGUACCAGCAGUAAUCGCAGGAGGCAAGAGAGCCUACAAAUGCCCAUAGAGAAUUUCAUACACGAUUUUAUUUUUAAUCUAUCGGGAGCGGCGAGUCUGGGUCAUUCUGUGGGACAAGAUAUGGGACAGCCAUCUGUAUCCAAUAUUAGACUGUUCUUGGGAAAUCCUGGAGAUUACGUUUGGGGCCGUGAUGGACUAGAUGCUAUUGUUACUCAAUUACUGAAUCAAAUGGAUGGUACUGGACCUCCGCCUUUACCACGCAAGCAGAUCGAUGAGAUACCUACAACUACUAUAAUGCAAAGUCAAGUUGAUUGUAAGCUGCAGUGCUCCGUUUGCUGGGAAGAUUUCAAGCUGUCGGAACCAGUCAGACAGCUGCCCUGUCAACAUGUGUAUCACGCGCCAUGCAUUGUACCCUGGUUGGAAUUACACGGAACUUGUCCCAUUUGCAGACAAAACUUGGGAGAUCAGAACCCGGCUGAAGCGAAUCAAGAUACCGGACCGAGCUUAGCCGGAACUAGCCUCGCUGCUUUGUUCAGAUUAUAACAUCUAGGGCAGCAAAUGAAGCAAACCGAACAGGACAGCCGAUCAGCCGAACAUCAUCCACUUCGUCAUCUACUUCGUCAUCUACAGAGUAGCUCCAGUACACUUUCUCAAGAGAGAUUACAGAGUGAUAUUUUUUUUUCUCUUUAUCUCGUUUCGUAUAAUUUAGUCAAAUGUACAUCUAUUUUCAACACACUCUUCCCUCUGAUACUACCAUUUAGGACUUUUCUGGCACUUCUCUGGCCUUAGUGCCGUAUAUAUUCCUCUUUAUAGAUGCUAUAAUAUAUCAACUACAAAAUUUAAAUUGUUAUCACUCAAUAAAUUGAUAUUAAUCUUAUUAAUGUAAAGUGCUGAGUUUAAGGAACUCUUUUUGUUCUGCGUUCAGCGGAUUGUACUAACGGACAUUAGUGCAAAUAGCAAAAUCAUAGAUCAAAUCGCAAUGCGUAUUUGUCUCCGUCUGUUGCGCCGUUUUAAGAUUAAAUUGGACACUGUACUGUGUGUUGUCUUACUAUAAUUUCUAGUAAUGCCAUUGUUUGGUUUAAUAUUUGUAAAUACUUGGUUAAAUAUCAUUUUGCAUGUGCCACGCAGUGAUGGAUUAAACGUUGUUAUAUUUCAGAUAAAGAAAAACUUUUAUUUUAAUUUUAGUAAAACUGAAGUUGACUUUUAUAUACAUUAUUUAUACAUGGGCGAUUCUAUUCUUUCAUUGUAGCAACAUUUCAACCAAACUCGGAAUGAAUUGACGAAAGGUAUUUAUAUACGUCACCGAGGCUCAGUAAAAUCAGUACACGUACAAACUUGUAAGACGAGAGGAACUUGUAAGAUGAGAAUAAAUUUAAAAAUUCGCAGAAUUUUUUAAAGGGGAAUUAUUAAAUUAACGUGUUAAAUAUAGCGCGAUUAGGUAUAAUUGUUUUUGUUGAGGAACGAGGCUUAUCAAGAAUAAAAAUUUUGUUCUCUACGAAAUAUGUACCACAUACAUGAAUCAACGAGUCUUAACUAUUCUAGAGAGCAAAAAGAAUUGACGUAACAUAUGAGAAGGUACGUUGCAAUUACAAUUUUUUUUUUAGUUAUCUUAUUUAAGGGACACUCUGAAAAAUGUAAAAAAGGAGAAGUGUAUCUAUGUGACAAUCGCAUACUAAUCUUUUUGUUCUGAAGUUUGUUCGUCUAAUUGUUAAUCAGAUUAUUGCACACUGUAUAUACACAUGUAGCUUAGUUUCCAUCUGAGUUUCGACAAAUAAGGAUGUAUAAUAAUAAGCCCGUAUCAGACUACGUAUUGGAGAUUGGAGAUUGCAAAUUGGAGAUUGAAAUUUGACCAAUCAGAACAAAGCAAUCUGGGUCUGCUUUGUUUUGAUUCGUCAAAUUCCAAUCUCCAAUACGUAGUCUGAUACGGGCUUAACGACUUCGUUCAGUUUUGUUAGCGUUAAGACCGUAACAUCGCUUGUUACUCUAGUUCUGCUAUUCCUGAUAAAACUGAUUUUUGCAGUGCAAGUGCAUACAAAUAUGAAAUGAAUAAAGUAAGAUUCAGCAAAGAUACACGAUGUACCUACGUAUUUCUAUAGCAAAGAUACUUAAGAGAAUGUGCGCACUCGUGGAGACGAAAUCUUACAUCUACAAUUGUAGUUUGCAACAAUCAACAAGAUUACAUAUUGUAAACAUAAGAUAGGAUAUAGUAUAAUUGCAAAAAGUAUGAAUAGCGUUUAGACGUUGUACCUAAUUAUUCCGGGCGAUGUUACCGCGCAUACGCUCCACAUAGGAGUUGAACGCAUUCGCACUGUAUGUCACACGGUGGACAAGUACCCCGUUGAUAUGCGUUUACAUAAUAGAAAGACAUCGCGUUAUAUCGCUAAACGUCUAUUUAAAUUCACGCUUUUCACAUCUAUCGCUCGUUUUUCUUGUCCCCGAUGAUAAAUCUUAUGAAAUUUUGUGUUGAACGAAAGUUUUAGAUAUACAUUGAAAUAAAGAAUUGAAGUUUGAAUAAGCAAAUCUUGCGUGUGCACAAGGCUGUGUUGAUUCUUUUUAUGUUUUUAAAUGGCUCAAAGUAAUAAAUGCUAAUAGGAUAUCAUUGCAAUUUGCGAAAUGAAUUAUAGCUUAACUUUGAGCUCAUUUUUGAUAACAAAAAAAGAAUUUCUCUUGUGAAAUGAAAUGAAACUUGCGGAUUUUGCUUAUACAUAUAAAUCUGAAAGAACGACUUUAUCGUUCUAGCAAGAGUGUCGUUUAAAGUAGUGUAGUUAUAUCGAAUUAUUUUCGGGAGAAACUUUAUAAUUAAUCUCUAAAUAUCUGCGCGUUUUCCUUAUGUUCCUCAUAUUGCCCAAUGUGUCACCGAUAAGCAACGAUUUACGUUUAUACCAUAAAAUAUGUUGUGGAGCAUAUUUUCCAUUUCGUUAUAUAUAUAUAUGAUCACAUAUAUAUACAUAUAAGUGAUAUAAAAAUACAGAAUUUAAUGAUGUUUAUACGUGCUUUCUAGCGAUUAAUGGUCUGUAAAUUUAUUAGUAAAGUAUGAUGGGAUAUAUUUAUUCGUCAAUAAAGAAAAAAA